UCUUUUUUUCUCUCUGUUUCUCUGAGUUUUUUUUCCUGGGGAUUUUGCUUUGAAGAAGAUGGGUGAGAGUAGGCAGACUGGGAAGGUGAAGUGGUUCGAUGACCAGAAGGGUUAUGGCUUCAUAACCCCUGACAACGGCAGCGAUGAUUUGUUCGUUCAUCAGUCCGCCAUCCAAUCCGAGGGUUUCCGUAGCCUCGCUGACGGUGAAGAGGUCGAGUUCGUUAUCGAUUCUUCUGAAGGUCGCACCAAGGCCCUUGAAGUUACUGGCCCCAACGGCAAUCCCGUCCAAGGCACCACGAGAUCCGGACGCGGCGGCGGUGGAAGCGGAGGUGGUUACGGUGGCGGUGGCUAUGGAGGUGGUGGAUCUGGUGGCUAUGGUGGAGGAGGUAGAAGAGGUGGAUAUAGUGGCGGUGGUGGAGGUGGCGGCGGCGGCGGCGCUUGUUAUAAAUGCGGUGAGAUGGGUCAUAUGGCACGUGAUUGUGGACAAGGUGGCGGCGGCGCUGGAGGCAGAUAUGGAGGCGGCGGUGGUUAUGGUGGAGGCGGCGGCGGUUAUGGUGGCGGUGGAGGCGGCGGUGGUGCUUGUUAUAACUGUGGGGGAUCCGGGCAUUUCGCUAGGGAGUGUCCCAACAGCGGGCGUUAGUUUGGAAUGCUGUUAAAUCUGUCUUUCACAUCUCUAUUUGAACGACCUUUUCUCUUUCAAUGCCGUUCCUUUCGUUUUGGUUAUUACUGUCCUAUGUUAUGGUACUUUAUGUUUCUUUUAUUUUGGGUUUAUGAAGAUCGAUUGCUCCUAGUCCUAGUCAGUUUACUUGUUUUUGUUUCUGGGUUUUUGAUGUAAUGGGCACUUUCCUUGUUCUUACAGUGGAGUGGAAUUUAGUAUUGAUGUGCGCAAUGAUGAAAA